GAGAAAAUAAAUGGGACAAGUAAGUCUAAAAAUUCAAGUUGUGAAGUAUUAAUGGCGAAGUAUAUGGUGGCAGAUACACAUUGAAGAAGUGCAAUAAAAGGUGAAUUGUUUCAGUUGGGUAGGUCAUAAUGGAGAAUGCUUUCAAUACUUAAUUUGAACUCAUUCAUUCAUCUCUCUUCCUCACACAAACUUUCCUCUUGUUCAAUCUCAAACAAAACCAAAAAACAAACCCUUCAAUUCAAACUGCAUGAUCAAAAUCUCUGCUACCACUUCAUCAUGAACCAUCAAUUCAUCAUGAAUCAAAUGCAGAGUCAAUGAUGAUCUUGAUGCUGAAACAUCAAAAGGGUCUCUGAACAACAUCUUAAUUAAUUCAUCUCACCAACUUUACUCUCUCAUCAUUAAUAUUAUUACCACAGAAACAUAGAAAACAAGUCAUUUUCCAAACUUUCUUUCAAUUUCUUGUUUUAUGUUCUUCCUUUCAUGAAAGAUAUGGAUAUUGUUGGGAGAAAAAGAAGGUUUCUCUGUUCUACUCUGCAUUUUCCUCUUCUGAUUUUCUUCAUGGCAAUACUUCUACAAAGGAGUAGUAUUAUUGUGGCUGAAUCAAACAUGUUAAAUUACACAAAGUAUAGACAAAUUAGUAGUUUGAGGCUUGAAAGGAUUAAUAAUCACUUGGACAAGAUUAACAAGGCUCCUGUUCUCACCAUUGAGAGCCCAGAUGGAGAUCUUAUUGAUUGUGUUCAUAAAAGAAAACAAUUAGCUUUGGAUCACCCACUUUUAAAGAAUCACAAGAUCCAGAAAGCGCCGAGUGAGAUGCCAAGAUGGAUGAAAGUGAAGAGAGAUGACAACGGCGGUAGUAAAGACACAAAUGCUAGUGAUAUGAAGGGGGGAGAAGGGAGGGUAAGAGAAGACUCGUGGCAAAUGUGGCAUCGAAAUGGGACAAGGUGUCCAAAGGGAACGGUUCCGAUACGUAGGAGUACCGUGCAUGAUGUUUUGAGAGCGAAAUCUUUGUAUGACUAUGGUAAGAAACGGCAACAAAUUCCACUAUCUCGCCACAGUGAGGCCCCUGAUGUACUUUCGGGCAAUGGUCACGAGCAUGCGAUCGCAUACACAGGAUCGUCGCAAGAGAUAUACGGUGCAAAAGCAUCAAUAAGCGUGUGGGAUCCGUCUAUUGAAGUGAUGAACGAGUUCAGUCUCUCGCAAAUUUGGGUUCUUUCGGGAUCUUUCGAUGGUCCUGAUCUUAAUAGCAUCGAAGCUGGAUGGCAGGUCAGUCCGGAGCUUUAUGGUGAUAGCAGACCCAGAUUAUUCACUUAUUGGACGAGUGACUCUUAUCAAGCAACAGGAUGUUACAAUCUUCUUUGUGCUGGAUUCAUUCAAACAAAUAACAAGAUAGCUAUUGGAGCUGCCAUUUCUCCUGUCUCUUCCUAUGCUGGCAGCCAAUAUGACAUUUCAAUCCUCAUUUGGAAGGAUCCAAGAGUAGGAAAUUGGUGGAUGAGUUAUGGCGACAACACAUUGGUAGGGUAUUGGCCAGCGGAGCUAUUCACACACUUAGCCGAUCACGCCACAAUGGUGGAAUGGGGCGGGGAGGUAGUAAACUCGCGGUCCAACGGCCGGCACACCUCCACCCAGAUGGGUUCCGGCCACUUUGCCGAAGAUGGUUUCGGGAAAGCAAGCUACUUUCGGAACCUCGAGAUUGUAGACAUUGAUAACACUCUUAGCUCAGUACAAAGCAUCUCAACCUUAGCUGAAAACAAAAAUUGUUAUGAUAUUGAAAACUCCUAUAGCAAUGAAUGGGGUACAUAUUUUUAUUAUGGUGGGCCUGGGAAUAAUCCUCAGUGUCCAUGAUUUUUAAUUGACGUAUAUAUAAAUUCAAUUGGACAAGUAUAGUUCAGUUUUAAAUUUGUCUUACGUUGAAGUAAUGUCUUAUUUUCUUGUUACAUUCUUUACUUGUACGUAAUCAAAGAAUUAUUAAUUUGCUGUUUC